AUGACGGAGGUCGGCCACACCGAUCUAUCGAGGCUGCUUCAAUCCAAGCGAAACGAGUUCAAUGCAAUCGUGACAUCGCGGAAGAGGAAGCUUCGCGAGCUCUUCGCUGUCACGACUCAGGUCGAGGGCCUACCGCAAGAUGCCUUCGCGAACCCCGACGCGCCGGCAACUACCGCUGCGGAAUGGCAGUUUCUUCAGACCAGUGAAAUAUUACAAGGCAAGACGUUGAACGAACAGGCUAUCCCAGCGCGGCCGUUACUCUCUGUAGAUACCUUGAAGCGUUUGCUUGUCAAAUCGUUGCAGGAAACAGCCGUGCACUCUCCCGCACCCCCUACUCCGACCGUUGCAUCUGCCAAAAUCAAAGGAGUUGCUGUAUCUGUCCCGACAAACGAGUUGCGACAACCUCUUGGCUUCAUAUCGAACGAGUCGAUCCCUGCGCCUCCCGAAGACAGUAGCAAACCUUUGAAUAAACUAACGAAACCUACACCGACCCCGUCUGUUCAGAGCAUCAACAAUGUAUCACAUCCUGCCGGAGCCAAUUCAGGCUUUGCGCACGCCAAGCCUGCUACUACGCCUCUAGUCCUUGCGCCCGCAACGAACGAGCCGAAGCACGCUGAGCAAGUGAUUAAUGGAGCGGCGAGUAAGGAUGUUUCAUCUGAACGAAGGCCGGCACAGGUUUCCUUUCCUCCAGGAACCAAGGGAUCGCCAUCGAGGGAAUCAGCCGGUGAUGUGGCGACAGCAGGGACAACGAAAGGCGUCGAUGUUGCUGACGAUGGCGGUGUAAUCGACAAGUCGCAAUCGAACCAGGUUGGGCGUAACCAAGAACUCUCCAUCAAAGUCCCCCACGCGGUUUCCAAGAUUCCCGAUGCGCUUUCCUCUCCAGGUUCGACGGCACCAAGUGCAACGACGCCCGGAAACCAUGACGUCUCAGCGGAUACCAGCCCUGAGCAUGAUGCUCCCCAGUAUAUCGACGACAGGAUAGAGCGGGAUGUUGAUGAAAAGGAGGAGCAAGGUGACGAGGUGCAAGAUGCUGCAAGUGCUGAGACGGGGAUGGGGACAGAUAUUACGAAGCCGGAACAAGAUAAGGCCGAUUCCAAAGUUACCAGACUGGAUGAAGAUCAGCUUCUUCAAGAGUCUAUCCGAUCAAGUGCUGCGGCUGCAAGCCCAGAGCCCGUAAAGUUUCAGAGUGGACUCAAUGCUACGACCGCUGUUAUCAACACCACCGAGGAGGCUAAACCUACCACUCUGGCAAAUCCAGAGGCCCCCACAGACGCCAAAGUUUCUUCGACGCCAGCUAUCAAGGCGGCUGAGGAAAUUCCCGAUGGCCAAGAAGAAACUCCAGAACGCAUGGACGUGGAUCCAAUCCCGGCCACAGGAUCGGAAAAUGUCGAAUUACCUGCAGCUCAACCACCUACUCGCCCUCCUCCGGCCUCUACUAGCACAUCGCCUGUUGUUACUAAGCCAACACCGCCCAAGGAACAUGCAGCACCCGAGAGAGCGGUUACAAGAGUUUCGUCUGGGGCCAUGAGACUGAAGUCCGUGUCUGAAAUAGUAGGAGAGACCCCGCGAGCCAACAGUACAGCAGAACGAAAUGCAACGAAGGCACCACAAAACCAGCUUACUCCCAUGACAUCCACGCCUCAAUCACCGCCUCCAAGACCUAAAAGCACAGGCAGGAGAGACAGGCCAAAAGGCCAUGUCUCUACUGUGUUAUUUGGUAAACAGCCGAAGCAAAUGGAGGAGAAGGCCCUGGUUCCUGGCCAGAAGGAAACGAUUCAGGCAUCUGAUGAUUACUAUACUCCACUCUUCAUCCAGAAUUUCACAGGGGCUACCAACUGGAUGCAACCUAUCGAAAAGAUCUUGUUCCAUGCGAAUAAGACUAUCGCUACCCCUGACGCGUACCUUGCGAUUCAAGACCACCAGGCAUGUAAAGUUCUGCGUAGGGUGUACCACCUUCAGCAGCACGACAAAUGGUCUUUGAGACAGCCAAAACGAUGUCCUGAGCCAACUCGCCCGCCAUCUCAUUUAGAUGUGCUAUUCCAGGAGAUGAAAUGGAUGCGGACUGAUUUCCGAGAAGAGAGAAAAUGGAAAAUGGCCGCGGCCAAGAACAUCGCCUACGCUUGUGCAGAAUGGUUUGAAUCAACUCCCGAAGAGCGCAAGGCUUUACAAGUCGCCGCGUUCAUCCCUCCGCUCAGGACGAACGAUGUGACAAUGGGCGAUGCCGAUGCUGACAGCGCCGAGAGCCACCCCACCCCUGACCUCAUUACGGAAGACGUAGAUUCGCCCCAGAAUUCAGAUCAUCUUGGUGAAGAAGACUUUCCUGAAACUGUUGCGCCAUCUGCCAUAUUUGCUCUACAGGAAGAGGAUGUGGUCUUUGCGCUGCGACGGACGCCUGCUUCAGAUAAGCUGCUGGAGGAGCUGCCAUUGUACGGCGCUCCUCUAAAGAUUCCACGCUUUGAGCUCACAGGGCCAGAAUACGACCCUGAUGCUCAGUGGAGACGACCUGCUCUACCUCUAAGCAAGUAUGUCGAAGGAGAAAUGAAGCUUCUAUCGGAUGGCCCUCCGCGAAAGCGCAGUCGGUAUAAUUAUCGUGAUGACGAAUCCGAUGACGAAAAGGAGAGUCCGUUUGAUGCAGAUGCGCUCGCACACAAUGUCCAGCUUCCACCGCAAAGCUCCGAGGUUGCUCUAUUCGCCCCAGAAUCGAAGCACAUCCGCGAUCGACUGCACGCUGGUCACCAGUUCCGGCCGCCAUCUGAACAUCCCAUGCCUCUGCAGAGCUUUUAUGAGUGUCGUAAUCCGUCCCAAUGGACUGUGGUUGAAGAUGAUGAGCUCCGUAGCCUAGUUCGCGAAUAUUCGUACAACUGGUCUCUCAUCUCCAAUCUAUUGUUUACUAAAUCUCUAUUUGCGUCAGGAGCAGAAAGGAGAACCCCGUGGGAGUGUUUUGAACGGUGGAUCAACUUGGAGGGCCUCCCAGCUGAUAUGCAGAAGACCCAGUAUUUCAAGGCUUACAACAGCAGGAUUGAGGCCGCUCAGCGCGUGAUUGCGCAGCAAAAUCAGUUGGCGGCACAGCGAGCUUCUCAAGAUGGAGGCGCAGUAACACCAAUACGACGAAGACAAUCUACUCCGCUCAGAGUAGAGAGACGGCGAAACCAAAAGCAUCUGACCCUCAUCGAUGCCAUGAGGAAGCUGGCGAAGAAGAGAGAGACCACAAUGCAGAAGCAGCAACAUUCUGCGGCUCAGAACGCUGCGAAGAAGGUGAAUGAUACAAUGGCUCAACGGCCAGUCAAGACACCGAGGGAUUACAGUCUGUUGCGAUGGGAGCGCGACCAGGCUCUGGCUGAAAAGAUGGCGCUAUAUGCGCAGCGGCAGGAAGCCCAGAGGAGGGCUACUCUCCAGGCCAGAGCCCAAGCUCAAUCCGCCCAGUUGGCCGCGGCACCAGGUGCAGCAGCCCCGGCUGGUCAAACCCCAGGGCUUCCUGCAGCGGUUGCCAAUGGCGUGAAUGGCGUCGUCAACCGAGCGGCCGUUCCCAAUCAACUCGCCGUUGCGGCAGCAGCCGCUGCAGCAGUAGCAGCACAGGGUCGAGCACGGAUGCCCAUGCAGGCCCCUGCGAACGGUAUGGAAGGCAUCAACGCUCAAGCCCAGAUGGGCGGUAAUCUCGCUCCACCGGCGCAAAUGAGCGGCAUCCCACAAGCUCAAUUGCAGGCUUUGCAAGCGAUGCAAGCCCAACAUCGGAUGCAGAUGCCUGGUCAGCAACCUGAUGCCAGCAUGAUGAUGCGUGCACAGCGCAUCUCAGAGCAGCAACGGGCGGCAGUCCAGAUUCAGCAUGCGCAGCAGCAAGGGGGCGUUGUUGGAACUCCUGCUCAACAAGCACAAGCAGCCUCAUCGCCCGCUAUGCGAAACGGAGUCCCUGCCAUCGCCCAACAGGCCGCCUUUAUGAAUAAUGCCCAGGCUAUGAUGGCUUCGUUCAACGCGACGGCCGGUCAUGCUUCUGGGGCUGCAAAUGGUCUACAUAUGCCCACUCUUGCUAACGGCACCUCUCCCGGCCCUCGACUGCCAACGCAGAUCCCUCCUACUAUCGCUGUACAAAUAAACUCUUUGGAAGCGCAGUUCAGGAGCAAGAAUCCCAACCUUUCACCUGAGCAACUUCGCCACCUUGCUACUGAACAUUUGACAAGAGCUAUGAUGGCACAGCGGCAAAGUGCAAUGAAUGCUGCUGCCGGUGGACAGACUGGCAUUGCUACUAGUAUUACUGCUACGGCCAGUCCUCAUCAAUAUGCCGCUCUGCUCAGACAGCAACAGCAGCAGCAGCAAGCUCAGGCCCAAGCACAAGCGCAACAGGCGCAGGCCCAAGCUCAGGCCCAGGCUCAAGCUCAGGCCCAGCAGCAUCAGGCCCAACACUCGCAGCCCACGCCAACACCGACUCCGACGCCGACACCGCAGCAGCAGCGACCUCAGCAGGUGCCUCAGUUGCAACAGGCUCAGCAGCAAGUUCAGGCACAGCAAUCACCAGCGCAAGUGCAGCAGCAGCAGCAGCAGCAAAGGCCGCAACCUCAGCCACCACAGCCAUCUCAGGCUCAACUUCAAGCGCAGGCUCAGGCUCAGGCCCAAGCCCAGGCCCAAGCUCAAACUCAAGUACAGCAAGUUCAAUCUCAGUCGCAACCCCAAGCCUCUCCUCAACUACCAGCACACCCUCCGGCUGGAAGUCCUGCACCUGUUCAGCGUCAGGCCAGUGGAAGCGCAACCCCUUCCGCAGGCAAGUAA